AAGCAGAUGUCCAGUGUCGGGAAGGCAGCCUAGGAUCACAGCAGCACCCACCGAGUCAGAACGCACCGAAGCCACCCGCAUUGUCUGAGCCAUCUCCCUCCCAGGGAGCCCCAGAGCUGCCCCAGGAGGGCCGGGGCCGAGCAGGAACCCUACCUCGAGAUUAUAGAUACUCGGAGGAGAGCAUCCCAGCAGACUUGGGACCCCGAGCCCACAGCCCUGGGUCACCCCUGCAUGCUCGAGGACAAGACUCGUGGCCAGUGAGCUCAGCCCUGCUCACCAAGAGGCCAGCCCUACAGAGGCCACCACCACCCAAGCGCGAGCCCAGGAGAUACAGGGCCACAGACAGCGCGCCUGCCGACGCACCCCUGGCCGUCCUUGGCAGGCCCUUCCCAACACCGUCCCCUGCGUCCCUGGAUGUGUGUGUGGCCCGUCUGUCCCUCUCCCACAGCCCCUCUGUGUUCAGCAGUGCCCAGCCCCAGGACACCCCGAAGGCCGCUGCCCGUGAGCGUGGAAGCCAGCAUGUGAGUGGGGACACAUCCCUUCCUCUGCCAGAAGCACCGCUCCCUCCCAAGCAGCAGCACCUGCGCCUGCAGACGGCCACCAUGGAGACCUCGCGCUCCCCCUCGCCCCAGUUCGCCCCCCAGAAGCUGACAGACAAACCUCCCCUGCUCAUCCAGGAUGAGGAUUCAACCAGAAUUGAGCGGGUGAUGGACAACAACACCACGGUGAAGAUGGUGCCCAUCAAGAUCGUGCACUCGGAGAGCCAGCCAGAGAAGGAGAGCCGCCAGAGCCUGGCGCGCCCUGCCGAGCCACCCGCCCUGCCCCGCGGGCUGGAGAAAGACCAGAUCAAGACGCUGAGCACGUCGGAGCAGUUCUACUCCCGCUUCUGCCUGUACACGCGUCAGGGUGCUGAGCCCGAGGCCCCACAUAGGGCCCAGCCAGCUGAGCCCCAGCCCCUGGGCACCCAGGAGCCCCCGGAGAAAGACCGCUGCGCCUCCCCUCCGGGGCUCAGCUACAUGAAGGCCAAAGAGAAGACUGUGGAAGACCUGAAGUCGGAGGAGCUGGCCAGGGAGAUUGUGGGGAAGGAUAAGUCCCUGGCCGACAUCCUGGAUCCCAGUGUGAAGAUCAAAACCACCAUGGACUUGAUGGAAGGCAUCUUCCCCAAAGACGAGCACCUCCUGGAAGAAGCCCAGCAACGGAGGAAGCUGCUUCCCAAAAUCCCCUCUCCUAGAAGCACAGAGGAGAGGAAAGAGGAGCCCAGCGUGCCUGUGGCCGUAUCCCUGGCCACCAAUUCUACCUACUACAGCACGUCGGCCCCCAAGGCGGAGCUGCUGAUCAAGAUGAAGGACCUGCAGGAGCAGCAGGAGCGCGAAGAGGAUUCGGGCAGCGACUUGGACCAUGACCUGUCGGUGAAGAAGGAGCUCAUCGAGAGCAUCAGCCGCAAGCUGCAGGUGCUUCGGGAAGCCCGCGAGAGCCUGCUGGAGGACGUGCAGGCCAACACUGUGCUGGGGGCCGAGGUAGAGGCCAUCGUGAAAGGCGUCUGCAAGCCCAGCGAGUUUGACAAGUUCCGGAUGUUCAUUGGAGACCUGGACAAAGUGGUGAACCUCCUGCUGUCACUGUCAGGCCGCCUGGCCCGGGUGGAGAAUGCCCUCAAUAAUUUGGACGACAGCGCUUCUCCUGGUGAUCGGCAAUCACUGCUUGAGAAGCAGAGAGUCCUGAUCCAGCAGCACGAGGACGCCAAGGAGCUCAAGGAGAACCUGGACCGCCGCGAGCGCAUCGUCUUUGACAUUUUGGCCAACUAUCUGAGCGAGGAGAGCCUCGCGGACUAUGAGCACUUCGUGAAGAUGAAGUCGGCCCUCAUCAUCGAGCAGCGGGAGCUGGAAGAUAAAAUCCACCUUGGUGAAGAGCAGCUGAAGUGCUUGUUCGACAGCCUUCAGCCUGAAAGGGGCAAAUAAGAGACCAGUCCCCCGUGGAGGAGGGGCACGGGGCUCCGAGCUCCAGCUCCGUUCCCAAGGAUACUCGUGAAGACCCCGCCGGUGUUCAUGCCCUGGAAAGAGACUUCUCCCAUAGCAAAGAGGCUGUUAGAAAAGCAAUAACUUUUGUGUUUGUGUGGGAUGAUUUAUUUAAUUUUGUAGUUUCCCUUUUGAUUGCUGAGAGCCAUUUUCCUUUACACAUAACUACAUCUGGCACUAGGCUCUGCCGGAUGUGAGUUUCCACUGCAGGGGCUGUGGGCUGGGCCUGUGGUGCAUGCUGAGUGGUCACUGUCAGUGGGAAACCCGUUGUUCCUCCCGUCUUCAGAUGCUGAGCCAACUGCUUGGACAGCGGCCAGCACGUCAUGACGUGCAUGAGAGGGGGACCCUGGUGCUCAUCUUCUCUUGUGAUUCAUCCAGGCAUGGGCUGCCAGGUUUUGUCCCUGCUCGUUCAACAGUGUGAGCAUUUGUCUCUGUUAUCUAAUGAUGUUCUCUGACCCAGCAGAAGUCAUCAUCAUGAUGAUGAUAAUUUAUUAACUUUUUGGAAAGGUGAAUAGUUUCCUAAUGGUUAAAAACCAACUGUGAAAGGAACAACCUGUGUGGUUAGGUUCACUCAUUCUAAGAUUAAAUUGCCACUUAAAGAAAUAACGUGCAUGCUUUAAAAAACACAGUCACACAUCAAGCAGGCAAAUAGCUUUAGUCCUUCUCACCUAACAUCACAGUUUUUCUGCAAAGUAAAAUUUUUUGGUUAAGAGUGUGUCCAGUAGUAAUGUGCUUGUUAGCUGUUCCUCAAGACCAACAGAAUAUUUUUUCAAUUGCUUUCCCCCCAUGUAUUUUGUAUGCAUAUGGUUGUCCAUCAUAAUUGGCUACUUUUCCAUUGUUUCCUCCUUAAAUCAUUUAGCGUGGCAUGAGGGCCACAUUCCAUGUACGGGAAGACCCCUUCCCCUGGCUCUUCAGAGAUCCCAUGGACUACACAACUCCUGAGCUUGAUCUUUUUCUGCCAUGAAGUUUAAAGAUUCUAUGCCCAUUUCCUUGAUUGAAAUGGCAGGAUUCUAAAGAGAGCCUGGUUUAUUAAAAGAAAACACUGUCAUGCUGUCAGUUUCCAAUUGACAAGUCACAGACUGGGAGAAAAUAUUUGCAAAUCAUGUAUCUGACAAAAGGUUUGCGUCCAGGAUGUACAAAGAACUCUCAAACUGGAUAGUAAGAAAACAAACAGCCCAAGUGAAAAGCAGGCAAAAGACUCGAAUAGACACUUCACCAAAGAGCAUACACGCGUGUGCAACAAGCACACGAAAAGACGUUCAGCCGCCGGUGGCUUGGUUAUAAUUUAUAACUUACUUAUUUUUAUCUAAUAAUUGUAGAUUCAGUGUAUUUCUUCAAAAACUGUUUAAUUAAAUGCAUGUUAAUGGUGAGUGAAUCCCUUGGGUGACUUCGUGUUUAGGCCGUAUUAGGGCAUUUGUUGGAUCAACGGAUCAUUUUAAUCCUGACUUCCCCUUAUUCCCAUAAAAGAUGUUUUCCAGUGGAAUGGAGAUUUCAUUUUGUCAGCAGCAGUGACCACAGCCUUACCAAAGCAGACACGUGCGCGUGCACAGACGCACACACACAGAUGUCUUAAAAGACUGGAAUCCACACUGCCUGAGCCAGAGGGGCCGUGUUGGCGGUAAUGCCUUCUAUAGAGCCAAGUCCAAACUGGCAAGCUCGAUGCAGGCAAUAAACAGCUUUUUUGGCAGCCUACCAAUGCCAGAAGGAUAAAUGUCUUUCCAAAAGUGUGUAUUCCUGUUCAAUUAAGCUCUUGCUAACUUGAAAACUCCCUGUUCUGCCAGCCAAGCUCCCUCCUCCUCUCCAGCUGGUGGUCACUCGCUGUGAAUGUUGGUCAGUCUGAAAAGGUGAAGCUAGCUGUGCACUUAGCCCCAUCUUUCUCCCUCAGGGAGAGGACCCAAGGAAUUUCAGAGAAUUUUGUUUGACAGAGCUUUUACCUGUUAUUCUUUGCCCUCAAAACCACUAUAUUGGUGAUUUUGAGAGCUGUGUAAAAUGUGAAUAAUCCAAUUAGUGUGUCUGUACUCAGCCUUUUGAUGUCUUUUUAGGACUUUCUCUUCUACAUAGCAAUACAUAGUGCUCGCGUAUCCUUGUAGCAAAGCACAUCGAGUCAGCUGUCCUGUCAGUUCCCCUGUUUGCCUCUGAAACGUCUGGUUAGUGGGGACCCAAAGAUUCUAGUGAGUCAACAUCCAUAACUGUGUUAUCUAGUUGUAUUAUUCAUAGAAAAGCAAUCUGGUGCUAAUGUUGGCCCUGGUGUUCUUGGGUGGCAGCUGCUCCUUCCCCCUCUUGUAGCGUGGCUGUGGAGGGCUCUGCCUAUGGGAGGUGGCCUGUGGCUUAUAUCCUUCAGUCCACCGCGGCAAAUGUGUGUAGAUUUCAUGCUCGACGCUUACCACUCACCUAUCAACAGAUCAUCCCGCUUGACUGUAACAAAAUAAAGUGUCUCUUCAAGUGAA